CAUGGCCAAAAGAAAACCUACAGUUGUGCUUUUGCUUCACGUUGGAUGCCUCCUGUGUGUUUCUACUCUUUGCUUGCCCACUCCGAAGAUCCCAGACUUGGAUGUAGACGGUGGACGAGACCUUGACAUUUUUGACAUAAAUGAAGCGGCAGGGCUAAAUCUGGUGGAGGGGGACAUUGUGAUCGAUGGGGAUCAAACUCGAAAUUCCAUCAUAGGGGAGGAGUACAGGUGGCCAAAAACCAUUCCUUACUACAUGGAAGAUGACUUAGAGAUCAAUGCAAAAGGUGUCAUUCUGAAGGCCUUUGAGCAGUACCGCCUCAAGACCUGCAUUGAUUUCAAGCCGUGGGGCGGAGAAGAGAACUACAUUUCCAUYUUUAAAGGGAACGGCUGCUUCUCCUCUGUUGGUAACCGGCGAGUUGGGAAGCAGAGGUUGUCGAUAGGAACCAACUGUGACCGUAUCGCCACCAUAGAACAUGAGUUCCUUCAUGCUCUGGGCUUCUGGCAUGAGCAGUCCAGAUCCGACCGUGAUGAUUAUGUCAAAAUCAUCUGGGAUCACAUCACAGAGGGCAAGGAACACAAUUUUAACACCUACAACGACACCACCUCCAGCUCUUUGGGCAUACCCUACGACUAUAGCUCCAUGAUGCACUACAGUAAAAACGCUUUCCGUAAUGGCACCGAGCCCACCAUCGUCACAAAGAUCCCCGCUUUCAGCGACGUCAUUGGCCAGCGUAUGGAGUUCAGUGACAGUGACCUGCUCAAGCUGAACCGCCUCUACAACUGCACUCAAGGCUCCACCUUUUUGGACUCCUGUGACUUUGAACGGGAGAACAUCUGCGGAAUGAUCCAGGGGCAAGAGGAUACAGCUGACUGGGUCAGGGUAUCUGAAGCUGCCGGAGGGCCAAACGUAGACUACACUAACAUGGGCAAAUGCACAGGCUCGGGGUACUUCAUGCACUUCAGCACUGGCACGGCCAACAUUGGAGACACAGCUGUGCUGGAGAGCAGGAUCCUUUAUCCCAAAAGAGGUUAUCAGUGUCUACAGUUCUUCUACUACAACAGUGCUGGUUCCAGUGACACACUGCAGAUCUUUGUCAGGGAAUAUGACAAAGCCAACCCUAAAGGAACUCUGCGCUUUGUAACAACUAUAGAUGGAUCUCCCCAGGAUCUUUGGCAGCUGCACCACGUGAGCCUAGAUGUCAAAACAAAGUUCCGCGUUGUUUUUCAAGGGACCAGGGUGGGCUCUGGGCCUGCGGCUGGGGGACUGUCCCUGGACGACAUCAACCUUUCUGAAACCACCUGUCCAGAGUUUAUUUGGCGAGUGAAAAACUUUGCUCAUCUUUUGGAAAACACCCCAACAGAUUCAUUUAUUUUUAGCCCUCCAUUCACCUCUAAGGAAGGUUACUCCUUCCAAAUGAAGCUUUACCCCARCGGAAAAGAGGGUUACCCUGGGGAGCUGUCGGCCUACGCUAAUCUGGUGGCUCGUGAAGGGGACACAGGGCAGACAUGGCCUUGUCCUUGGAAACAGAUCACCAUGAUGUUAAUGGAUCAGCACCCACACAUUCAAAAACGCAUGUCCAAUCAGCGCAGUGUCACAACUGACCCCAACAAGAUGACAUCAGACUCUGCUAAAUUUUUCUGGGAUGAUCCUCGCAAGAUUGGUAAUGAGGUCACAGAUACUGAUGGAUCAAAGUAUUUCCGUGGGCCUGGUUCAGGGACUGCGACAUAUCUCACCCACCUCAGAGCCAAAACCAGAGAUUUUAUAAAGGGAGGAGAUGCCAUCUUCCUCCUCAGCAUGGAAGAUGUGUCUCAUUUGACAAAAACCCAACCAGUGCCUUCCACAAAACCUCCCACAACCACGGCACCCUCCGACUCGUGCCAGAAUGUGCGGUGUGAGAAUGAUGGCAUCUGCUUCAAGAGCAAAGGCAAAGCAGCUUGCAGAUGUGUUGUGGGCAAUGACUGGUGGUACUACGGGGACAGCUGUCAGCACAAAGGGUCCACACAAGACAAAACCACUCUGGCGCUGGCCUCCUCUCUGUCUGUACUGGGAGUGAUGCUGGUGGUCACAGUAGUCAGCGUCGUCUGCGUGAGGAAAAAGUUCAAGAAACAAGCCAUUGAGAACAGCGUAGUUCAAGAAAAUGUGCAGGCUGCUGAAAGGUUCUAAAAAGAAGCUGAACUUCUGAGUGAGAAAAAAAMCCCCAGCAAACUUUACAAACUGGGCUGAGUUUAGCAUUACUAUUGAUUGCCAUCUGCUGGUCACUUUAAGUAAAAACAUGUUUUUUUUAUGUAAAUUAAAUGUCCUGACAUGAAGUGAUGUUUCUAAAUGCUUUGAAAAAAGUAGUCGCAGACAACUUCAUUUAAAAUUCACAAAUUUAAAAUUUAUUAUACCAAAGACAGGAACAUUUGUGUUGUUUCUUUUCCAUGUGGAUAUAUUUGUUGGUAUUACUGAACUAGACACAGUCAUGCCGGUGAAAACAGUUACUGUAGGAGGGAGGUGUGACUAAUAACCUGUGAGAAUCCAUGUCUGUGUGUGUUAUGUUGGAGUGUGUGUGUGUGCGCGCGUGUGUGUGUGUGUGUGUGUGUGUGUGUGUAUGCAAUAAUCCUUUAGUGUUAGAUAAAGUGAUGACUACAGAACAUUACAAUUAAACAAAGUGA